CGCAAUGUAUGGAUCUUUCCUCAGCUGCUUAUCUUCGUGGCUUUUCGGCACGCCAUGGCGGUGAAGCGCCUGCUGGCACUUGCCUUGACCUAUGUUUCCCUGGCGACAGCACAGCGCUGGGUUCCCUUGUCACAUGAGAAAAAAACACCCGCGGUAAAUCGAAAUGUCCUGGGAAAUUUGAAGGAGACCAAGGUGCUGCAAAAGAAGGAGCUGGAUCUCAGCAUCACACGCAGCCAUGCGCUGGUGGCGCAGCUGGAAGUGGGAACGCCUCCACAGAAGAUGACCUGUUUGUUGGACACGGGAUCUUCGGACCUUUGGAUCCCUUCCAAGAGGUGCAAGAGCUGUCAGAACCAACAUCUUUUCCACGCAGACAAGUCCUCAACUUUCAGCCCCGAACUGAUCUCGCAGCCUGGCACAGCGGGCCGGCACCCUGUGGCGGUGCGCUUGAGCUAUGGCACUGGUGACAUCGUCGGAUACAAGGUCCAGGAUACAGUGCGUUUCGGAGGAGCAGAGAUCAGGAAUCAGAGUUUCAUCAUCGUGGAAGACGCCCAGUUGCCAUCGCAGCGCGGCUGGGACGGGAUCUGCGGCCUCGGCUGGAAGGGCAUUGCGCAGCUGAAGGGACCCAUCUAUCAGCAUUUGCAGGAGAUGGGACAGAAGGCCAUCUUCUCCUUCGUGCCUCAAGGUGCCUCCUCGGCUCACCUGGUGCUGGGCCAGGUGCCGCACUACGCGGUGAAGCCGGGGACCUUGGUCUGGAGCGAUGCGGAAGCCAUGCAUGGAGGCCAGUUGCGCGGACGAAGUUUUUGGGUCACGCGAGGAGGCAUCGCGGUGCACAAGCAGACGCCUCAUCCUGCCCGGUUCCUGGUAGAUACAGGAACGAAUCAAGUCCUCUUGGCCCCCCAGCGGCUCUAUGUGAGCAUCAUGCGCUCGGUCUUGCCGGAGGAUAAGUUUAACGAUCUGUGUGGUAUGGAUGAGAUGGCUCACGGCGCCGUUUUUUGCGACUGCUCCAUCGUGGACCAUUCCAAGCACCUGCCGCCGCUGCGGAUUUUCUUGGCCGAUCAUCCCUUUGAGCUGCCGAUUGCAGAGAUGUUCAGCAGAGUUCCCACCACGGAUGGGCGUGGUGAGGCAUGCUUGUUGGCCAUUCAGCCCAACAACCUGGACGUGGAGGGUCGAGGUUCGAUGCCCAUGCCGCUGCCCUUCGGGGGACUUGGAGGACUUCUGCCAGAUCUGUCUGCUGGCUUUCCGUUCCCUAUAGAUCUGCCAGACCUGCUGGCACCACUGGAGGAGCAAGGCAGCCCUUUUGGCGCCGCUGGGCCACUGGGUUUGCUGCCGGGCUUUAGUCCCAUUGGUGGCGAAGGCAAAGGAGGCAAAGAAGGGAAGGAAGCGAAGUCACUCUUCGGAGAUUUGGGUAUUGGACACUUGCGCAAGGGCGUCCAAACCGAGCAAGUGGCAGAAGAAAUUCACACCCGGCCCGAUGGCACAGUGUGCAAAUACAUCACAGUCAUUGAAAAUGGCAAAGUGAAGAGUCGCAAGGAGGAGUGCGACAAGGCCGGCUCCGAUUCUUCCAACGUUCGGCGGCUUCAGUUGGUUGUCCCCAUGGGCGGGAUCUUGGAGAUUCCACUGGACCCCGCGGGCGAAGAAGAAGAUGUCGAUGCUCCAGAGUUGUGGAUUCUGGGUGGCAUGUUUCUGGAAAGGUUUGUGGUUUCCUUCGACUUUGACCAGGGCAGGAUGGGAGUCGCUGAGCCCGCGAGCAGUACAGAGGGCCUGGAUACCAUCGGUAUGGAAAGCUUCCCCGGACACCCGCGCUGGACAGCUGCAGGCUGGCAGGAGCAUCUUGGAAAACUGGCAGCAGGCGUUCUGCUGUGCACGCUUUUGAUCUCCAUGGCCUAUGCGAGCUGCCGCACCAAGAGGAUGGCGCGAGACGAAUUGGUGGAGCACAUGCGGGUGGACGUGUCGGAAGGAGAGUGAAGUGGAUUGCGGUCACCUGAGGUUUGGUUGACCCAUCCAUUGCGGAGCUUUCAUGCUUCUUUUGACUCACCGUGGCGAUGAAUGCCACAGCCUGCCAUGGUGAUUCAGCUGGACUGUACAGAUGCACGCCACACGGAGGACACCCCAUGGUUGGCCCCAGAAACUGCGGCGCCUCCCAGGGAUUAUCGACUGGCAAUAGACCAAGCCUCCAGUGGAUCAACUUUGUGAAAAUCCAAGCGGAUCAAUGCGGCCAUG